UACGCCACGGCCAGUACAUUACGUUUGAUAGAGUUCUAAGUUUAAUUUCGCACUAUUCACAUGUUUUAUCAAAUGCAAUGUAAGGACUGACCGAUCAUUAGGUCCGGGAAUCGACGUGGAAAAGCUGGACACGAGGUACUUCAAAAACUGUGGAGGACUGCGUGGAAACGUCAAACCAGUGUGACCUUAAGAGACUGUUGAGCAAACCUGAAGAUGCCAAGAUACCUUGGACUGAACUACUUACAUGAGGCCAGUACGGCAAGACGCCAAUUUUGAACAAGUCUUUGUUAACUGUUCCGCAGCAUCUGGAAUAUGUGGAGAAGUAUUGUCAUUCUGGAUUUGUACCUGACGGUCUUUACAUGGUGCCAUGGACCAAGGUCAAAGCAGAUGAGGCUUUUCUUGAAGGAGAAGGCCAGUUGGCUAGCUGUGACCUAAAAGUUCUGACGGAAGGACUUUGCAAGUCAAAUGUGGAGACUUUUUCAAAGCAGAUCCCGGAGGUCACACCUGGAGAUGGGUGGGAGGUUAUUCCUAGUUCUAACCCAGAGUCACAGGAAGCACUCGCAGGGAUGCUAACUACACAUAUAGUGGAUGAUUGUGAUGAUAAUGACCUUCAGAACUCCUCUGACAAUGGGGAACCUCACAAGGAAACAUUUGCUCCAUAUGCCCUUUCCUGCUGUAUCACUGGUUGUAAAGAUUUGCUGGAAGAGGUGAUAACAAAGGAACCGUUUCAAGAGUACUUGCUUAAGCUGCCACGUGUGCGAAAUCUCCUGUCAUGUUUACAGCAGUACACUGUGAAGGAUCCUCUGCUGGAGUAUGAUUCUGUAGGAGAGCCCAAGGGAUUGUUGAGGAAUGACAGACAACUGGAAGAAGGCAGUGGAAGACAAGAUGAGGUAGAGAUUGAACUUAAAUCUCCCCAAGAAACUUUCACCAAAGUUCCAUUUGAAACCUCAGAGUAUCUUCUGGAGGAGACCAUUUGCACUACGGAGCUGCAGCCUCUCAUUUAUGCAGACUGUCUUUCAGAUUUUUUGGCUUCAUGUCAUCCAGAGAUAAUAAAGAAUGAUUCAGAGAUUGGAGAUGUGUUACAAAAACUUGUUGAAUCAACACCUGGUAUUCAUCUGAUGAGCGGAACAGAACAUGGCAAGUUUUCUCCAUGCCAUGCACAGUCUGCAAGUUUUAUAGAUAUUAAUGGAGGUUCUGAAUUUAAAGAGUCCGUGUCAGUUGAUGAAAUGCUGCUUGAGGUUCCACUGAUGCUAUCAUUUGGUGCAAGUGAGACCAAGCCAUCACUGACAGAAGAGGCCUUGGGAGAAUUGACAUUCAUGAAACUAGAGCAAGAUGAAGAAGUCUGUUGUUUUCUGACACCAAAACAUAGUGAGAGACUGUAUGAAUUAUAUUGGAAGGAGGAGAAGUUCUUCAAUGAGACCUUGGAACUACGUCUGACAGAGCCAAUCAUACCAGAGCCUGAAAUACACACAGAGUCCUUGACCAGUGAGUUAGUUGAUCUCUUGUCACUGACUGCACUUACUCACUCCAUAGAUGAGGAGUUAAGCUUGCCCUGGGACCUUCUAGGUCUGUUCAAGAAUAGUGUGGUCAAGCAACCAGUGCUGGAGAAUAUAGUACUGAACUGGACAUCAGGUGACCUCGAUCAACAGAAUGGAGUACUUCCAAACCUGGCCUGGGUUGAAAAGCUGGAGAAAUACCCAGCUGCCCUGCUGGAUGAUUGUUCAGAUCCUGUACUGGAACUUGUUAAGCCUACAUCUGACUUCGUCCGGUUAAGAAAUGCCAUUCUUGGCAGGCAAAAAAGAGACAAGCUAUCUGCAUUACCCAGAAAAGUCAAGUCUGUUUAUAGCAGAAUUCUGCCACAAACAGCGGUAUCGUACCCUCCCAAGACGAGUAAGAAACCAGUCAUAGUUAAGCCCUACAAGAAAACACCUGUCAAAGAUGAUUCACUGAAUGACUUUCUGUGGAUAAUAAGGUCUACGGUUUCUUCGUCCAGCACAGAAGGAAAUGAUUCCAGUGAUUCUAGAAAAGUACAAUGCGCAGAGAAAGCUGUGUCCUCCAAGGCCCCAGUCACAGAAGACAAAGAGAAAGUGUUGUCAGUCACAAUGUCAGGGGAGUAUUCCGAGGCAGCCAUGUUGUUAUCAGAGUACAUUCAGGAGGCUCUGCAUCACCUGUUCGACCAAAGAAUACUGCCUCCACAUCAGCAUCUGGCCACUCUGACUCCAGAUAUGACCAGAUUCUUAGUUAAGCAGAUGGAAAGACAAGAUAAAGAUCAAGAUUGCUAUAAAGACCUGCUGCUUGUGCAUGUUGUGACCUGUGUAUAUGAUAUGUACCUACACUGUAGUCUGGAGACGGGUAUCUUCUGUCUGUCUGGCCUGGAGGAGAGGUAUCAACAGGCUCUGGGAGGCAGCAUUGUUGAACUCAAACAGAAACUUUUCCAGUUGCAACAUAAACUGAAAACUAACCUCUGUCUACACCCGAAGAUGAAAGAAAUGUGUGUUUACAUUGAAGAAUGGCUGGGAAAGCAGAAUAGCAAACUAGAAUCAAAGGUUCUUGUAAUAGUGAAGAGAGAUGUGGAGAGACUGUUGUCUGAGUUACACCAAACACUGGCCAGUUGUUCUCAGCUCAGGCCUGUGAUUAUCACAAGCACAGAACAGGAUCCAGCAGCUCUCCUUAACAAGUUUGAUCAGGUGGAGUGUGUGAUAACCCCUGCUCGGGCAAUACAAAAAACCUUCCCAUGGUCACUGUUUAACCUUGUAGUUGAGUAUGAACACCACCCUCAGGCUGGUUGGCAAACCAUCUGUCACCAACACAGUAUUUGGUACCUCGCCCUCAAACUAGAUCCAACCAGGGUCUGUGUGGGUGCAGGUCUGGUCAGGCAAAAUAGAAGACCCCAACUCGCAGUGAUAGGAUCACAAAAACUAACGGCUCAUGCAGAGCUUCUCCAGUUAUUAGAAAACAGAUUCAAUAUCCUUAUUGUGGAAAGAGACUAUUCUUCUCUACAUACUGGCAGGAGUUACUUACACUUCGCUGACAUCACCGUGGAUGUGACGAGUGGAAUCUGCCUGCACUCUCUUACUGACCUGAUUUCUCCUGCCCAGCUGCAGGAAAUGUGUGACAAGCUCUUCUCUUUCCAUCAGAAAUACACUCACUUCUGUCUCAUCCUCUGCCCCCAGUUCUCAUCAUGCAAGUCUUUGCCACCAGCGAAAUCCACAAAUGUUGAUAGACUGCAGAAUGCAUUGUCACAGUUUGCUAAUACUGUGGAUGACUUUGUGAUCAAGAUUGUGGUUUGUAAGGACACUGAAGAAGUUGCGAGGGUGAUCAGCACCAUUGGGGAAGAAGUCGUUCAUUCUCAGACUUCAGAGAACAUGAAAAAUAUAGUUGAAGAAAAAGAGAUGACACCUGAAGAAGAGUAUUUGCUGGCAUUUCCAUGCUUCAACUCCAUGAGUGCUAAGCUCAUGCUGAGCAAGACCACUCUAGAACAGCUGAUGCUAAUGAAUGCUGCCUGAUCUUAGGCUGACUGUUUCCUCCCUCCCUGUAAAAGUGAUACAGAGAUUCGUUCAAUUGAGGGCCUGCAUGAAGACCCACUUGUGCAUCCGACAGAAGACACAGAUGUUACUGAAUCCAGACCACAAGGGAGGUCUGUAGUGGCAAGUUAUUCUGAUGUGGAGAAGGCAGCAAUAACCUCUGAUUGCUGGAGAGAUCCAGAAGUGAUGCGUAUUCAAGCUAGACAGGACAACAGAUUUAUUGACAAAAGAUCUUGCCAAGCGCCAGAUAGACAGACGGUUCAAAGCUUUGAACCAGACUUGCCUCAACCAAGGCCAGUUGCACAAGAGCCACAACCAAGGCCUGUGGCACCAGGCCCACAUCAACCAAGGGCUGUUGCUCUAGACCACAUCAACUAAGGACAGUUGCACCAGACCCACAACCAAGGCCUGUUGCACCGGGCCCACAUCAACCAUGGGCUGUUGCUCCAGGCCCCAUCAACCAAGGACAGUAGGACCAUUCCAAUAUCGAUCUGGGACACGUCAGCAGCAGCCUCAUGAAACAGAGGAACAUCCAGAGCUCCACCUGGAACAGGGAUCAUCACUACCCCUGCAGGGACUACACCUAAAUGAUAGAAUGGACCAACAUCCAAAGCAGCCAGAUUCGCACCUCCAUGCAAGCCUGGACACCUCUGUGAGAGAUUGGAACUACUGUGAUGAGAAUGAGAGCUAUGGAGAUGAUCAGAUUCCCCAGUCUCCAUUACAGCCAAAGAAAUUUCACAAAGCAGCAUUUCCAGGUGAUGCCAAGAGGUGGACAGGAGACAGGAGUGACAGUUACAACAAUGAUUGUGGCACAGAAAAGCUGGAUUGUGAAGAAUUUGAUUUAUCACAGCCAAAUGAGUUCACCAAGGCAGAGAUGGAGGGACAGUUAUUGAUGGGUGCAAGUGGUAAUGGUAAAAUGCGUGUUAUAAAUAAGACCACUGACACCUUACCUCAAACCCCACUGGAACUGGUUUCAGGGCUAACAUUGACCGUAAACUCCUCCAGUAAUCAACUUGAUAGGUUUAAGCCUCGUGAUCCUUGGGGGGAAAGCAAGGGUGCAUCCACCAGCAGCAGGACAAGGUCGAAUGCUUAUGGAACUACUGAAAAAUUUUUUAUUCAAGGACAAAAGCAGAGUGAAGUGCUGAGGGUAGCAAGCCUAAGUCCUCCUACAUGUACAUCUUCGAAAAUGUAUCAAAAGAAGACUUCUACGCAUGAUAAUUUCAGUGAGGCAUGGCCCGAUGACUUAUAUCAGACACCUAGUUGUUCUGCCCGCGCGAAAAAUUAUGUUAGCGAGUUUCUUGAUUCUUUGAAGCAUUCCACCUCGAAUCUGGAUCCCGAGCAAAAGCUGGAUAUCACUCUUUCUAGUAUCAGAAGAGCUACUCCAGAUGACGCUACAGUUGGUCACAACAAGAAUUCAGCUCCGCUGUACUCUUCCAGACAUUUAGAAAACAUGAAAUGCACUGUUUUCAGACAUGCUACUGAGCCAAAUUUAAAAGGACGUCAACAUGCUAUGGAUAGAAAUUUUUCUUGGGAAACAGACCUGUCCAAUCCUGACACCAUGUUUGCUUCAGAAGUAAGUGGGUACUAUCAGAAAUGUAACCACACUGGACGAAGCCCUGCACACAAGAACAGAGUGUCUAACAAAUCAGGUUUCAGUCCCAACAGUACUCAAUAUUUCCAGCAGAACUGUGGGUACAAGAGGCAAAUGAACAGCUUGUCAAAGACUGUUGCUUCCAGUGGUGGCAGUUUACCAGUCCGCCAUGGUUACAGUUCAAUGCCAGCUAUGGGCAGCAGGCCUGUUCUGACAACUGAAAACACCAAUUCUCAGCCAGUGAGGCCAGGCCAUAACAUGCACCUCCAGGCCAGUUGCUCUCACCCACAUUUCCAGCGAAUAAGCAAUGGACUUUCCCAGCUUCUACCUAAAAACCAUCCACCACAAGAGCCUUCUGCUACUGAUGGGUUGAUGGUGCAAGAGGGGGAUUCCCCACCCAUGGACCUGGACUUGGACGAGGACAGCCUAAAUAAGAUCAAACCAGGAGACCAUGACUACAUGGCUUGGGACAAGCCAAACUCGGCACAGCUGCUUUAUGGAAACAAAAGAUUUGCUCCACAACCCAGAACCACAAGUCUUAAUGGUAAGACCAGUCGAUAAGGGG